ACCAAAGGGCAAGCCGGUGAGUGGAAUGCGGUUAGCGCUCGGUCUAAAAUUAGCUGGCUUGAUAGCGGCGUAGCGGCUCAGCAGCACGGCGGCUCCGGGGAGGGAAAAGAAUGAAAGCGGCAGAGGGAGACAAUGCUGAGGGGAUUAGGGGGGUACGGGAUAACCUUUUAAGCUGUUGCCUAUUUAACCGCCAACCCUGCUGUGUUCGAGUAUAACUACUAGUCCCUUCUGUGGGCCACUUGAAUAGUGACAUGCUGCCAUUGUGUGUGUGUGUGUGUGUGUGUGUGUGUGUGUGUGUGUGUGUGUGUGUGUGUGUGUGUGUGUGUGUGUGUGUGUGUGUGUGUGUGUGUGUGUGAGAGAGAGAGAGAGAGUGAGAGUGACCUUUGGACAUGUGUUUGUUAAUCUUUAGCUUCAGUGGGUAAAUUAAUUCAAACAAAUAUGUCUUUGUUGGGCAAAAUGUUUAAUUUUCCAUCUUUUCAUGACCAAAUUCCCUAUGGUCAAACCAAUUGUCAUAGUUCAACAUUUCCAGAAGCAGACAAGAAUAGCUAAUUGUAGUUAGAGUAUUGUCUCCUUUUAAAUGUUGUUAAAUACACAAGAGAACAUACAGUAUAGUGUGACCCCAUCUCUCUCUCUCUCGCUCUCUCGCUCGCUCGCUAUCAAACACACACACAAACAAACAUACACACAAUAACAGGGUAAAGAAGCACAUAAAGAACCGGUGCUGUUAUUUACGUGUUAGAUUUUCCACAAAACAAAUCAAGAACCAAAGGUUAGCAGUUGAGUUUUGUCCUCUGUAUUGCUUCCAGUGAAAUGCUGACCAAAUCAUUCAUGAAUAAGCUCCCUGAAGUGAAUAGGGCAAUCACAGAUUCUCGCAGUCAGAUAAGUGAGCCUGUUGGUUUGGCUGUUGACACAUAUAACUUCAAAACUGGUUUGGUAUGGAUUUUUUUCCAGAGGCAACUGUCUGCAUUCUUGCCUGUCAGCCACGAGAGCCUGAACAAUGCCUUUCCUGUUGCAUGUGGAAAUAUGUAUCAUUAAUGCAAUGUGACCUCAAUUGGUUUUUGUAGUGUAAAUGCUGGUGAAACUUGCCUAAUUCACCAGCAGUAGCCUCAACUACAGUAUAGAAUGAUGUCACGCAGCUUGCUGCAAAAAAAAGAUAAGCCACAACACUGAUAAGGGGGCCUGGGUUGAUUUUGAUUUCACUUUAACUCAGCUCAAUGCCCCAUAGUUUAUCUCAUUUCACACACAUGCAGUGAUGCAAUACAGAUAUGCAAGCACUUUUUAAAAUGUACUUAUUUAUUUAUCAAUUUAUUUAUUUACUUACUUACUCAAUUAAUUACUCACUCACUCACCUUGGCCAGAAUCAUAAUGCCAAAAAUGUGAGGUACUAGAGUAGUGAGGGAUGAGGUUUUGGACACAUUGCUUGAAUUUGCUGCCGAGAAAAGUUGUUGAACACGGUGAAGCACAGAGCAGUGCAGUUGCAGUAGUGGUAGAGUAGUGAGGUUGAGGUUUUGAGCUGCCGAAACAACAAAAUUCAAAGCAGUUGUUGAACAGGGUGAAGCCCAGAGCAGAGCCGUGCAGUGACACUGCUGAAACAGUCAGCUGUUAAAGUUUUCCAGCCUGAGGCAGAGUAAGAGGGGAGGGUGUGGUCUUUUUGGGAGGAGGGGGUGCCAAAAAAAUGUGGGGAUGGGUGUCACAACAACGAGACCACACUCCUUCCUGACUGGGGUUAAAACAGACGGAGAGGGACAGUAGAGACUGCGGAAGACUGUGUGUGAGAGAAAGAGAUACAGAGACCUUGAGGGUGAGAGUGAAAAGUCCCAUCAAAACAGGGAGCUCGGCAGUGUCAGGAGAGUUGUUGGUUAUCUUGUCAGCCAGUUUCACACUAAAGUGCUGUCAUCAGGAACCUGUGGGGGAGAAUCUGAGCAGGAAUCCUACCAAUGGACCACUACAGCAAGACCUACCAGACCACUGACCAAAGAGGAGAAGAAUCUCCUUGAAUCUCUUUGAUUGUGGGACCACUAAAGAGUCAGUCGCUGGCAGAGAACCUUCAUGGUCCAUCACCACCAUCGCUGGCCAAAGUAAGGGGAACAGAAUCCCCACUCUAUGGACGGUUUGAUGAACUCUGAUCAUCUGAUCACUGAAGUGACCGAGGACUAGACCAGGGGGGGGCAGUCACAGGAUCUUCACAGCGGUGGUGGAUAUAUAUAUAGUAUAUAUUUUUUUUAAAGAUAUUUUUUGGUCUUUUAGACUUUAUUCGUGACAGAAAACAACUGGGGGAGAGAGAGACGGGGAAGGGGUCAGCAAAGGACCCAGGCCGGAAUCGAACCCGGGUCGGCCGCCUAGUAGACAAGUGCCCUACCAUUAAGCCACGGUAGGGGCACGGUGGUGGAUAUUGAAAAGAUGUCUCCUCUCAGUGGUGGUCGAGUCCAGCGGGCCGUGACAGCUCUCCAGCAGCACCCGGCGGUGACGUUCCUGCUGUCGGCCCUGGUGGUGGUGAGCGACCUGGCGGCAGCAUUCCUCAGCCACGGCUCCCUCAGACGCCACCUCCACCUGGUGCUCGCCUCCCUGCUGCUGUCUGGGCCUGCCCUGAGCAUGUGGGUCUCCAAGUACAGCGUGUUCGCCAACAGAAAUCACUACCUGUACAGGAUGUUCCUGAACUCAGGCUGGGGCUGGACCUGCGUCCUCUGCGGCUCCUUCGUCUUCCUUCUCUCCUUCUCCCAGCGACGAUCCCUCGCUCUCUCCCUCCGCCACCUCUCCCGGCUGGCCGCGGCCAGCGCCGUGUGGCUGGGGAUCCGCUGGCUCCUGACCUCCCUGGAAGACGCCUCGGGCAGCUGCUUCGAGCCCCUGGGCAUGGCUAUCAGCACCUGUCUGGAGGCCGUCUCCCCGGGCCAAGGCUCCAGAUUGCUGCUCCGGGACGGGGAGAGCAAGACCACCUGCCUCCGCGCCGGAUUCCAGUGGCGCGGCGCCGAGGUGUCCCAGGAGGCUGUGCUGCUGUGCCUGUGCUGCCUGCUGCUGAUGGAGGAGAUUGCCGUGUUUGGGCAGUGCGCGCCGCGCAACCCCGGGACCCCCCUGCGCCUCCUGUUCCUGCUCUGCGUCGCCUUGCUGGGCAUCUGGUUCUUCCUACUGGCCAGCCUGCUGGCUCACUUCCCGCAGUUCCCCUCCCAGCUGAUAGGGGGUGCCCUCGGGUGCCUGGCCUGGAGAGUUCUCUACCUGGGCUGGUUUAGCAUGGAGCCCAGCUGGUGCUGCCCCGGAGGGCCCGCCAGUGGACUGUUGUCUCCCGCAGAGGAGAAAGGACAGGCGAAGAAUGGAAACCACAGAGUCCAUUUCUCCUAAUGUGAUGAGUCUCUAUGCAUAAACUUUUUCAUUUACUUGUUGUUUCCCACAGAGAUGAAAGUAGAGGCAAAGAAUGUAAAAACGGAUUUUUCUUAAAUGUGACAGAUUUUGUACCUUAGCCUUUUCAGGUGGUUACCACUGCUGAUAGACUUUUAUCCUUGGACAGAGACUGGAAAAAAAACUUAAAACAGCUUUUGCUGUAAGAUGUAUACAGGCCUUU